UCAAACAAGAACAUAAGAAAGGAGAAAAAAAUAAUAAUAAAUGGUAUUCCACAAAGAACACCUUGAUAUUUUCUUGGUGCCUAGUGGAUUGUUCAUCUUGUUUGUUUACCAUCUCUUUCUUCUCCAAAGAUAUAUCAAGAAUCCUCAUACUACUGUCUUUGGAUUUGAGAACAAUGAUAAAAUUGCUUGGAUUCAAAAAUUUAUGCAGACCGAAAACCGGGAUGUUAUGACAGCCUUAUAUGUUCUAUCAGCAAAUAAUUCAGGAGCAACAUUCUUAGCAACUGUGUGUUUAACUUUGAGCUCUCUAAUUGGAGCAUGGAUGGCAAAUACUUCAACUAUUUUUAGUAGUGAAUUGAUAUAUGGUGACACAAGGGCAUCUACUUUGUCAAUUAAGUACAUAAGUCUUCUUUUAUGUUUUUUGGUUGCAUUUUCAUGUUUUGUUCAAUCAUCAAGAUGUUUCAUCCAUGCAAAUUACCUAAUUAGUAUACCAAAUAGUGAAGUUCCUUCAAGCUAUGUGGAGUUGGCUGUGAUUAGGGGAGGUGAUUUUUGGUCUAUUGGGCUUAGAGCUCUUUAUUUUGCUAUAACUUUGUUGUUAUGGUUUUUUGGUCCAAUUCCAAUGUUUGUUACUUCAAUUGGGAUGGUUUUUCUUCUUAAUUAUCUUGAUACCAACAAGAGCCCAUUGGUGCAACAUCAUUCUUCUAGCAAGUUUAGAGGAAAUCAUGUUAUUUGUCAAGGGAAUUAGUUAAAAAUUGAAUUUUGUAACUUUGAGAUGUAAUAAAAGCAA